ACGGCACGGCGAUGGCUUGACAGCGAGUUCGGUUCUCGUGUAACACUGUAUGGUCAAAGUCUUUUUCGUCCAAGAAUUGUGAUUAUUAAUGAUUAACGGAUUUGUAUCAUACAGCUUUCACUGUGAAUUCCUGUUGUGUAGACCGUAUAUUUCUGUAUUGCAUUUUUACUUACGUGUCAUUUCUUGCCGCGCCGGUAAUUGAGUUAAAAAGACAGCAUCGUCAGUAAUGGCGCCCGGGUGGAAGCUGCCGCUGCAAACCAUUCUGGCCGUCGUCGUGAACUGUCCUACGGUGACCCGCGGCUGUCCCCGAACGCCCUGUAUUCCUUCGUGGGAAGAAGAGCCCUAUAAAAGCCGGAUUCUGCACUGUGAGAGACAGCAUUAUGUGCCACCGCGGACUCCGCCUGCAUUUCACAGAUUCAGCGGACACCUUGCGAGAGAACAUUACUUAUCGAGGAGCGCUCGCGAUCCAGACCACCUACUGUGCUUGAUCAACACAUUAACCGAUGAUCGCUCGCCAUCGUUCCAACAUGCCCUCUAUGUAGAAGAAGGCCAUCCUGUGGAAUUAGACUGUUAUCCGCUAGAAAGCGUCCCACGGGGCAUCCACAUCAGGCGCGCAUAUUUCCCCGGCUUCCAAGAUCACGCUACCGGUCUCUACUACUGGACUAAGGACGCGCGCCAAUUUUGUCAUAAAUGGGGGGGGAUCUAUCCAGACCAGCAAUGCGGCGCGCCCGUUGAACUGGAUCAUAGCGCGCCGGAUGAACAAGUGUGGAUCAAGUCGUUUACAACGGCCCAUGCGGGCUUAUACGCCUGUGUGUACAUCGAAAACUGUAACAACUGGUGCUCGCUGCGCGUUGGACCAGCCUACCGCCUCCAUGUGGCGUCCAAGAAAGAGGUUGCAACCUUAGAUGCUGCGCAACAAGUGACCAGUGACGCGACAAAAUCUUUUCCGCCAGUCAAACACACAGAAAUGGAUCCGCCCAUGUCGUCGGCUGGUGUUGUCACGCUGCCCGCCGUUUUGCUGCAUACGCAAUGGUUCAGUACGGCUCCCGCGAAUGGCGUGCUGCAGGAAACUAACACUGCUAGCUACGACGCUCAGGGGAAAGCCAGCAAGAUUUCUACAAAUACAUCCGCUCAAAGCAUCGCGUUUCAGUCUGUUCCUUCAGAUGUCCCACGUCCAUCCGCCACGUAUACGGAGAUCUUCCACUCCGGGACACCGCUGUCCACAUCCAUCCCCUCGCCUUCUCCGUCGGUCAGCGCGGCAAUGGACAACGAAGCCAUAACGCCGACAACUAGAGCACUGUCUACGGGCUUCAAGCAGUCGGCAGCAUUUGUAAACCCUUCGCUAUGGAAAAUGGAUGCGGUCAGCGCUGCUCACACGAGAGACGUCGCAGACGCCGAAGACUUAUCGGUCACGGCAAUGGAAACCAUCAACAGUACACCGCUGUCCAUUGCGCUGCCCAACGCGAGCAUCAUUGAUGAAGAAACUGUUACGGUGGAUGGCGGGAACGAGACCGAGUCCGCCCCCGAAUUCGACUGGGUGCCGUCGGAUCAGCGCCGUCACACCAGGUUCCCGCCCGAGUGCCCGGCCUGCUCCGGCAACUGCCCCUGUCCACCAUCUAAGCGCAAACGCAAGCAUUUAUAAAUAUGGCUGCAUGUUGCUGUAUAUCUGUACACUGUGCUGUUGCCUGCACAUUCAAUUUAACAAAGUUGUAUAGCAAACAUUUCUUCCGUUGACGCAUUUUAUGUUAGUUUGUUGUGCAUUUUGUGUGCCA